UUCCUUCCCACGAGAUGCUGAGAGGCCACCGCUCCAGCUGAGCCCCCAGGACAACUCUCCUCGAAGCAGCAUCGGAUCGUAGCCGCUGCAGAUGGACUCUGAUGGGUUUAAGAAGAUGGUUUGAGAAGAUGGUUUGAGAAGAUGGCCGUAGACGACUGCUUACAGACUGGGUUUUGAGAGGCUUCUGGAUCAGAGAUGGGGUGUAGAAACUACACGCAGGACAAAGCCGAUGUUUGCCACUACAAGGAGUACAUCGACCCUAACGAGAGCCCCGUGACCAGCGCCAUCAUGUUCGCCGCGGGCAUCUUCGGCAACGUGGCCGCCCUGGUGAUCCUGGAGAUCCGGCGGCGCCGGUACUCGCGCUGCGAGAACGUGCGGCGCAGCGCCCUGUUCCACAUCUUCAUCCUGUCCCUGGUGAUCACGGACCUGACGGGGACCUGCCUGAUCAGCCCGCUGGUGCAGCUGUCCUACGCCCGGAACAGGACUCUGAUCGGCCUGGUCAGCUGCGCCCCCAGCCUGUGCCAGUACUUCGGUGCUAGCAUGAACUUCUUCAGCCUCGCCACCAUGUCGCUGCUGUUCAUCACAGCGGUGGAGCGCUGCCUCGCCAUCGGCUACCCCUACCUGUACAGCCGCCACGUCACCAGGAAGUGCGCCUACGUCGCCAUCCCCUUGCUGUUCCUCUUCUGCCUGGUGUUCUGCCUGCUGCCGUUUGCCAGCUUCGGUAAAUACGUGCAGUACUGCCCGGGAACCUGGUGCUUCAUCGACAUGAACCCGGAGGGGCUGGAGGACCGGGUCUACGCCAACCUGUACGCCACCGUCAUGCUGGUGCUGGUGCUGGCCAUCGUGGUGUGCAACGGCUUCGUGGUGCUGCAGCUGUUCAGGAUGUACCGGCGGAGGAAGAGGCAGGGCUCGGUGGUGGCCGCCAAGAGGUCCAACAGCGACCGCAGGAAGAUGUCCAUGGCCGAGGAGGUGGAGCACCUCAUCCUGCUGGUCUUCAUGACCAUCAUCUUCAUCAUCUGCACGCUGCCCCUGGUGAUCCGGGUUUACAUCAACUCCAUCAUCCGCUCGGAGUCCCACGCCCAGGACCUGGAGGCGCUGCGCUUCAUCUCCCUCAACUCCAUCGUGGACCCCUGGGUCUUCAUCCUGCUGUCGCCCAGCGUGCUGCACUUCUUCUGGUUCUCCAUCUGCCGGGCCCCCCUGGGCACGUCCAGGGGUUCCGUCUGCAAAACCCUCGCCAUGGAGACGUCCACCGUCAACGUGCGGCUGUCCCACACGUCCUACAAGGAACAGUUCCCCUGUGCGAACGUCUGAUCGCCGCGGUGCUUUGUUGUUGUUGCUGUCUGUAUUUAUUGGAAACCCAGUGGGAAAGUGCUGUUGUGCGUGACGGGGAAUCCCCCACAUGUUGAUGCCAUUUCUUGCCCCCAGGACUUGCUGGUCAUUAGCAUCUAACUGAUAAGCUCACCCAAACAUCUGUUCCACCUCCACCCACGUUCAGCAUUUCAUUUACAGAGACACACUGACCCUUCUGGAGCAUCUUACUUUAGUCCUAAAGACUCAGUAUAGCUGCUGAGAUUGAAUGUCGGUGAGUUAGUUCACAGUAAAAGGCUGCUGAUGCUGAUCUGGUGUGGAUGUGACCUUCAGUUGACCUUACAGGCAGCGGGGACGCAGGGACAGAAGGUCCUGCUUUUCUGGACUUUCACAGGUCUAGGAAACGGUGAUCUGCGGGAGAAGAUGAGAACAAGUACAGAUGAUAUAGAGGGAAUGCGCAUGACGUCACAGAUGCGACUUCCCAGCGGGUUACGCCCACUGAGUGGCAGAAAGACUGAGUGGCAGAAAGACUGAGUGGCAGUGUAAACUUUCAGUUUGAGCAACUGGAAAACAUCUAAAAUGGGAAAGAGCUGUUGUGUUAUCGACUGUACUCAUAGAUUUAGCAAGAAAUCUGAGUUAUCAUUUUACAGACUGACGAAAAAUAAGCUUAAGAGAGACAAAUGGAUCGCUGCAAUUCGCAGAAACAACUGGAUUCCAGGCACCGAAACGUGGAUUUGCGGUUCCCAUUUUGUAUCAGGUAAUGUUGGAUUUUUGGGUAGCUAACGUUAAACAGUCAAAUCAUAAAGUUUGGUGUCCUCAUCACUUUAAUUUCUACAACAAAUCCUGCCUUGAAGUAGGACCAAGCGUCAAGACUUUUGUAUGCCUUCAAGCUUUGCUUCGUGUAUU